AUGGGGAAAGCUGCCGGGAGCCCUGGGAGCAGGGAGGACGGGGCGUUUCCGAAGCCGGAGCCGGGGUUUGCGGAGCUGGAGAAGAGACUCGGCGAUUUCUCUCUGCAAAGCGCCCACCUGCAGGAGGUGCUGCUGGGAUUCAAAGGUGAAUGGGAGUCUGGGGGUGGCGUCUCCUCUGAGACGCUGCGACUGGAGCUGGGGAGCGACACAGGGUUUCCACUUUCCAAACCUGAGGUGAUGUCCCAGCUGGAACCAGGGGAAGAGCCGUGGGUCUCAGAUCUCCAGGGCUCGGAGGGAAGAGAGAUCCUGACAGGAACCUGCCCAGGUGGUGGGACGGUGAGUGAGAACAAGGAGCAGAAUCUAAAGCAGGAAGAUGCUGAGCAUAUGGAACUGCACGGGGGAUUAUCAGAAAGAACUCAAGGGACCAUGCCCAGGAGUCGUGAGGAAAGGCAGCAGGGAAACCAGGCAGGGGGAAACGUGGUUAAAUCCAUCAGUUGUGAGGAAAAUCACGAGGACCUCAAGGAAACCACAGCUCAGCAGAAAAUCCUCACGGGAAAGAGAAAAAACCUAUGCACUGAACCCUACGCAUGCUGUGAGUGCGGGAAAACCUUCACGCGAGGCUCCCACCUUAUCAGACAUCAGAGAACCCACACCGGCACCAGGCCCUAUGAAAUCUGGUUUCCACUUUCCAAACCUGAGGUGAUGUCCCAGCUGGAACCAGGGGAAGAGCCGUGGGUCUCAGAUCUCCAGGGCUCGGAGGCAAGAGAGAUCCUGAUAGGAACCUGCCCAGGAGAUGAAGGGACGGUGAAUGAGAAGAAGGAGCAGAACCCAGAGCAGGAAGAUGCUGAGCAUGUGGAAAUGAAUGGGGGAUUAUCACAAAGCACUGAAGGGGACGUGUCCAGGAGUUGUGAAGACGGGCAGCAGGGAAACCAACCAGGGGAGGAAAUAGGUCAAUCCAUCAGUUGUGAGGAAAAUUACCAGGAAACCACGGCCCAGAAGCGAAUUCUCAUGGGAGAGAGAGAAAACAUGUGCCCCGACUGUGGGAAAACCUUCCCUUGGCGCUCCCACAUUAUUGAACAUCAGAGAAUUCACACGGGAGAGAGACCCUACGCAUGCUGCGAGUGCGGGAAAACCUUCAUUCGACACUCACAUCUUCUUAGACAUCGGAGAAGCCACACAGGAGAGAGACCCUAUGGAUGCUGCGAGUGCGGGAAAACCUUCACUCGACGCUCACACCUUAUUGAACAUCAGAUAACCCACGGAAGCUCAAGCCCCUAUGAAUGCUGUGAGUGCGGGAAAACCUUCACUCGACGCUCACACCUUAUUAGACAUCAGAGAACCCAUGCUUGCCAGGAGCCCUAGGAAUGCUGUGACGAUAGAAAAAACUUUUCUGUUUGAUCAGCCCUUAUUAAUCGUCAGAGAAUCCAGAAAGGAGAGAGACGACCCUGUGAAUGUUAAGUAUCAGAGGGGUAGCCGUGUUCGUCUGGAUCUGUAAAAAGCGACAAAUAGUCCUGUGGCACCGUAUA